AAUCCCCAAGCCGAAACCCGUUUAGCUCCUUUUCUCUCUCACCCUUUCAUACGUGUUCGAGGAGGAGAGAGGAGACCGAAAAUCGAAGGCGACGCGGGGAGUGGUGAUGGGCAGCGAGAGGAAGUCCAAGGAGGAGGUGGAGGAGAAGAGAAAAAAUACCAAGAAAAGAAGCUCCUUUGAUGAUUCUCAAGAUGAAGGCAAAAGCAAGCGGCGUAGAAGUGUCAAAAAAGAUGAGGAUGCCAAGAGCACUAAGAGCGAAAGAAAAGACCCGUCGAAGAAGAAAUCAAAAUCCCAUAAAUCUUCGAAGCACCACUCUGAUAAAGAGAAGAAGUCCAAGGAGAAGCACAAGAGCAAACGUGACAAGCAUGAUGGUCAAUCCAAAGUAAAGUUCCAAGAGCUGUCAAAUGAUGACUACUUCUCCAAGAACAACGAAUUUGCAACAUGGCUGAAAGAAGAGAAAUAUGUGUUUUUUUCAGAUCUUUCAACGGGAACUGCACAUGAUCUUUUUUCUCAAUUUGUGAAGGCCUGGAAUAGCCAGCAGCUUGAAUCCCGAUAUUAUGAGGGCAUUGAGGCUGGCCCUCGGACAGCGCAUAAGUGGAGAAUUAAGCAGUAGACUUCCUGAACCGGUGGUUAUGGUUUCUGUUGUUUUCCUUGGCAUUUCUAUUUGCAGUCUUGUUGUUAAAGGUAAAGAUAUGCGUUCUGUGAUGUUGUCUUUAGUUCAUAAUUGAAAUUCCAGAAAACAAUGUGCUUGACUGAGACAAUUUUUUAAAAUGGCAAACAGGUCAAGCUCUGUGUCAUAAAAAGUCCAAAUAAACCAUUCUUGCGAAAUAUUGAAGUGAGAAUUUGACUAAA